GUUCGUGUCAAAAUGUUUAGGUUUAGCUAAAAUAGAACCUUUGUAUUGUUAACAUUUUUUUUGUUUUUGUUUGUUUCCUUCGUACCCAUAACAAGAGACAUUCUUUUGCUAAAAGUAUCCACGACAUAUCCUUAUAUGGAAGUAUUACAAUGCGAAACGGGUAUAUGCAAAGUAUAUUUAAAUGCGGAACAACACUGCAUCAGUGGACAUAACAGUGCCAUCCCUUUUACGGAUAACACGUGUAUAGCUACUAGUGUCAGUGAAAACCUCUCAAAAUGACUGGAUUACUACAGUUGUUGUUAUUGGUCAGCACGGCCCUUGGCUCGGAGCCAUCGCGUCCAGCGUGUUCUAAAUACGACUACGAGGAAAAUGUGCUCGAGAGAAUGAUCCGUAUGGAGUUCACUGUUGAGCAACACCUAGCGCGGCUUAAGAAUGAUAACAAACGCUUGUCUGCGGUCGUUGAUGCCCUAAUGGACCAACAGGAGCUAGCAGAACGUAGACUGGCUUCGCUCAUGGAGGAAGUUGAGAGAAAUCGAAUCACCACACUCGAGAUGGUUGUGGCUAAUUCUAACAAUACGUUAGAACAAAUAAGUGCUGCCGUCGACAAUUUGAAGGAAUCAACACCGACGUGUCAUCCAGAGACCAUUGCUUUCUACGCGUAUCUAGGCGGAAACGUCAACCUCAACGAACAUGCCGUCAUAAUGUUCAACGUCGAGGAAACGGACACCAGGAACAGCUAUAACAUACACAACGGGACCUUCACCGCUCCCGUUAGCGGCGUCUACGUCCUUUCUAUUACCAUAUACUCCGGCACAAAUUCUUACGUCGGAGCCGAGAUAAUCGUUAACAACGACAUCAAGGGAGAAGCAUUUGCGGACGCGCAAGAGAUCGGCGACACGCACUCCGCUAGCGCGACGAUCGUUGUCCAGAUGACCGCCGGGCAGUAUGCGUACGUCCGCCGGGGACAGAGCAGUCUGUCAGUGAUGUGGAGCCACGCCUCCCGCGGACGUUCAUCGUUUUCCGGUUGGCUUCUUUGCUAGUAGUUGAGAAGCUGGGGUAAAGAGUACGUCAUGAACGGAGAGGGGGAGGGGAGUGUCGGUUCCAGGAUGGAUGGAAUAACAUCAGUUGGUACCAGAGUCUUCUGUGGACGUCAACUUUUUUCUAACAGGCUACAGCUUUAGCAAAAAAUUAACGUUGUGAAGUUAUAAAAACAGUUGUUUCAUUUAUUUCCACGAAAGUUUCCGUUAUACCUUUGUUGUAUUUAUUUUAUCGCUUUUAACGUCUAUACAUGUUCUUUAAUUUCACUCUCAACGAAUGUGUUCAAACAUGAUGCCGUUUGCAUCGCAGACGAGGGAUGAAAAAGUUAAUGAAGACAAUUGCUCUGCGUUGUUCUGAAUGUUCGUCCAUUUAAGAACACCCAUUUUAGCAUUCGGAACUCCUCGGCCAUUUUUAAUCGAAAACAACCUGCUGGUAGCCUGAUGUACAUGUACGGUUUACAAUGUAAGACAUCUUUACAUUUUUUACUCUUUGGAAUAAUAAUUCUUGAUGCUAUAAUACACUUCAAUUGCAAUAAGUUUAGACUUAGUUAUACACAAAACACGUUAAAACACUUCAGUUAAUUACUGCUAUUAUUUUACACAUUACAGACCCUUUCUAUUUGGUAUGAAAUAUGUACAUGUAUACACAUACGUAUUAAGACGAUAUAUUUUUAUAUGUCUAAUAAACUGUCAUUUGUAGCGUU